AUGGGAAGUACCGGGGUUGUUAGGAAAAGGUUCUUGUUAUCCCCAAUCAGAAAAGAAAGCAAUUCUGCUUCACCUAUACCUUCACCGACAUAUUCCCCUUCGAGUGUGGGAGGGGGUGGGGGAGGAGGAAAUUCGCCUAUUCACAACAAUGAAAAAAUAAAAUUAAAUCAAAUAAAAUCGGAAACUGUUUGUAAUAAUAUAAAUAAUAAUACAAAAACAACAACGAAUACUAAUUUAUUAAAUAAUGGCAAAAAAUCGGCAAUAUUUAGAGGAACAACAACGGAAAACAAUAGAAAUAGUGUGGCUAAUAAUACUUCUAUUACGAGACAUGAAGAAGACAAUUCUCUGCUUAUUCCUCCAGUCCAUGAAAUACGUUGGUGGCGCAAAUUAUUUAGACAAUUUUCUAAUCGUUUGCAUAAAUUAAAUCCGUUUACUUCUGAAAGGGAUUGGACAAUUACUUCUGUUCAAGUUGACAGAAUUUCUAUGAUUUUAUUCCCAAUGUCUUAUCUUGUCUUUAAUAUUGGUUAUUGGGCUUAUUAUUUAGGAAAGAUUGGUAGACCUUUAUAA